ACUGUUGGUCCAUCCAUGCUGCCCACGCUCAAUAUUGCAGGUGAUUGGGUCCUGAUUGAAAGAAUAUCAUGGCGAAACAGACGCCUUGCUCUAGGAGAUAUCGUAAUAUGUACAUCUCCAGUCAAUCCUUCUAGACUCAUUUGUAAACGUGUUCUGGGACUUCCCGGCGAUAUUGUCUGUACUGAUCCUCGCAUGAUUUCACCUAAAUGGAUCAAAGUGCCUGAAGGCUGCGUAUGGCUUCAAGGCGAUAAUUUUCAAAACUCAAAGGACUCUAGAGAGUUUGGUCCUGUUCCAAUGGGAUUGAUUCGAGGCCAUGUGUUUUUCAGAGUACGUUGGGUUUAG